AGCACUUGAACGUAAACGUUUACCUAAAUCAGGUAGUUUCUUAGUCCGUGGUUUCUCGACUAGAUAGUUAAGUUAUCAACGUUUUUACAUUUAUUAUACAAAUAAAAAUAAUUUGUAUUGCAAACACUAUCUUAAGUGAAUCAGAGUUGCCUGGAUGAAAAGUACAGUAAAUACCAAUAUGAUAAAGGAAAACAGAUGGAACAUACCCCCAAAUGCCCCUGCGUGCAUGGAGAAACAUUUGGACUCGGCGCAGUACAGGGGAGGUAAGCAAAGUCACAGCUUGUGAGUGAUGCCAGCCUUGUGUGAUAGCUAGUUGGAUAGCUUCCAGACACAUGGCUAGUAGAAAGGGCUAGCUAUCUACCACAGCACGUUGUGUGUUGUCGCGGAAUAAAGUGGUCUAUUGUGGACGUGUAAAUCAGAUGGGUUAUGACUUUCGUCUCCGUCUGAGUGGCUCUCGAACUUGCACCAUUAACAGCAAAAGCACACAGUCAAAUAUGUUUGUUCUAUCUUUGGUAAAGUUUACUGUGACCCACUUUAGCCAGCUACUGUAGCUAGCUCCUAAAGCUAACUUGCCACUUCGAAGAGAAUAAUCAUUUAUUAUAUUUCUAUAGCGCUUUUCAUAACAAUCUCAAAGCGUUUCAAUGGUGCGUUAGAUCCUCUAACGUUAUCAUAUAGCUAGCUAACGUUAGACAUAAUCUAACAAUUAUAGCUUGCUAGUUAUGCAUUGAUUGUAAAAUAACCUGUCGCAACACCACGUUGAGCAGGCAUGUUAUAUCUAGGAUGCUAACGUUAGAUUCCCUAAAAAGAGCUAGCUAGCCAGCAAACUUGUCUACUACUGUCCACAAGUCACAACUGUGAAUCUACUGGCGCGCUGACUACAGGCCUUGUCCGUGCAGGGAUCUUUGAUGGGAUACUAAAAUAUUAUUUUAUGGGACCCUAUCCUAUGGCAAUUUCGCACAGGCACAAGACAUAUGAUUCAGCUAUUGACAUUUUCUAUUUUCUUCCCCUAGAUGGCACCCUGUUGUUGGGGGCCUCCAGUCUGACAGGCAGGUGCUGGCAGGGCUCCAUCUGGGUCUACAGUGACCCCAAGCAGUCUCCCAAUGAGGGCUUCUGCAAGGCUGGUGUCCAGACAGAGGCAGGGGUCACAGAGGCAAAGUGGGUUUCAGAGAGGGGUGUCCUAGUUGCAUCUGACUCCGGUAAGUAGGAAUGACAGUAAUCAUUACUAAAUGCAUAUCAUAUUCUGCUGUAAAUAAGGCUGGUCAACCACAAGAGGGAGAUAUAGGUGUUAAAAGUACAAUGAUUACAUUUAAUUCAGGCCACACUAUCAUAUACAUUAUUUACGGGCUAUACAACAGUGUGGAUGCAAUGGGGUUUGUCUGGGUGUUGUAGGUGCUGUUGAGCUGUGGGACCUAGUGGAGGACGAGAGUCUGCUGGUGAAUCGGUUCACCAAACUCGAGCAUGAUCACAUCGUCACCAGCGUGAGCCCUGCUGGGUCAAGCCACGCCAUCAGCGGCAGUAUGGACAGCCGGUCAGUAGGGACAAUCUCUUAUCUGUGUGUGUCUCAUGCAGAGUGUGUGAGCGGAACGAGGAGCGGAGUGUGCCCAAUUUGACUGGAGCGCGACACGAAAUUCCCAAAGGCUGGAGCAUCGGCUUUCUUGCCCACUAAUUUCGAUCCAGUAGCGCUCACUUCACUAGCUCAGGGCAUGCCCAGCCCAGCAUGCAUUUGUAGUCUACUUGUGUGCUGCUAUAGCCCCUUGCUUUAUCUACUAACAUGAAGUUCACUAAAUAUUUUCAUAAAGAAACUGAUAAAACACAGGUGCAAAAUCAAGGUGACUUACAAAGAUGAGGACCAAGAGGGAGUGUGGCGAUGUGAUGUCCAUAAGUAAAGAGUCAAUGUGGAAUCUGAAAAGACACGUAUCCUGAAAGCAUGAUUGUGUAGGCCUACGAAACUUUUAAGAGAUCUGAUUUUUAGUUUAUAAAUACUUUGCUACAAUAACACACUUAGUUAUCUACCCACCUUGUUACUUUCUUUUAGCAUGUGCCUGUAGUCGUUCCUUAUUAGGCUCCCUGUCUGGCUCCUGACAUAUUUAGUGUUUAUAUUCUGUUUACCAUGACAUGUAGCCUAUUUGAAAUGAUGAGCGCUUCUUACGUUCACCUUCAUGUUUAUUAAAAUACUUUUCAUUCAAAUUAAAUAUGGUUUGGUUUCAAAACCAAAUGGUAGGUCCAAGUAGUCCAAAAAAUUAAUGGGUGUUAGUUAAAUUGUGAUUUUAAUGAGUGGAGCGAAUUUGGUGUUUGGAAAGGACAUGGAGCGGUGUGCAAGCAUCGCUCCUUGAGCGAUGAGCGGGAUUUCAGACCGCUCACAUACUCCGGUCUCAUGCAAAUUUUGGAUUUGAUGGCAUGACAGACCUAUGCCCUUGGUGUAACUGGCCUGGCUGUGAGUCUGAUAUUUUGACAGCUGCAGGUAAUGACGUGUUGCAGCUUGGUAUACAUUUCAUGGUGAAGAUUAAUAUCAUUUUUAUGCUGUCAUAGGCCUAAAUCUUGCUCAGUUCUUUCUCUUUUCUACCUGCUGCAGAAUCAAAGUCUGGGACCUUAUUCGGGGGGAAGUGGUCAGCACAUAUAAUGGUAAGGAAACUAUACCUCCAUCUCUGUAUUUUGAGCUGCACUGUGUCUUAAAAGUGGUGAACAUGUCAGUGGCAGUUUCUCAUGUUUCUGUAGGCUGUCUAGGUAACUGAAUCUGAUCUGUCUCCUGUUCCACAGCUCACUCGAAGCCAGUCACUUGUGUGUCCUGCAAUCCAUCCGAUGACUCCCUCUUCCUCUCAUGUGGCCAGGUAAGAGCCAAGACUAAUUAGAGGGUUGUCUGUUUUAAUCGGUUGAUCAGUUUGGAAUGGUAAGUGUGGCUUUUCUAUUGUGUGCUAUGAAAUAUGAAGCUAGAUACAGUAGUAGGUUGUAACUUACUGAAAGGAGACCCUUGUAACUGUAUGAAACGUCGUAAUGCACUGUCUCCUCUCAUUGUCUCUCCAUUCCCCUUCCCUCAGGAUGGUCGUCUGUUGCUUUGGGACAGGAGAAAACCCACCAAACCAGCCUCUAGAUUAGGUGAGUAGAACCAGUCUGAACUGCAGUCAGCUAGGCAGCAGGAUUUUCACUGGGCUGAGAUGCAUAGAUUUCUGUUGCCAGUGGAUUGACAGUGACAUUAAUCUUGGCUUGUCAUUGGGUCUUAUAGUUUUUCAAUAUUGGUCAAGGAGCAUGGUUUUUAAGGCAGCCUUGGAUUCUGUUGUCGAAGUGUAUAUCCUUGAGUAACCCAAUCUUAUAAAUUGUGAUAAAUGCAGGUCGGGUCACAACUCACAACAUGUCCUUGAAAAACAAUCAGGCUCGUUUGGUAGAUGUGGUUUAAUUUUCCUAAUAUUUGUUCUUUAUUAAGCAAACUUUUCCAGCGAUCCUGGAUUCCAGUGUGUUGGGACAAUAAUUCUGUGUGUUUUGAAAACAUCCACACUUCAAAAGUAUCUAGGCUUCUGCAGCACACCAAGUACCCAUUCACUGUGUUCGAAGUGCACGUGCAAUACAUGUAAAUAGUGGAAAUCAAAAACAUGUACAUGGUCAGGUGUGGCCAACAUGUUGUCUAGUGCAUGUUGCUGUGGUUGGUGAUUUCCCAGCUGACUUUGGAGAUUUUAUCUUGUCUCAGAUGUAGAGCCCAGCUGUUGCCCUACCUCAGUAGCCUGGCAUCCCCACCACAGGACCACAAUCGCGUACGGUAAGGACCAGCGCUACAUUUCCCAUGAUGCAUAGUGGUCCAAGCACAUCAUUGGUCUAAAUGAUUGAUCUGCCAGGCUUUAAUGAUAUAUUUGUUGAUAAUGGUGUUUGUUGAUUCAGGUGACAAGCUGGGACGAGUGACUCUGAAGGACUUUCAGGGAACAGAGCCUGCCCAGACACAGAGCACCCACAGCCGCAGGGUCUCCGGCCUAGCCUUCUCCUCACACAGGUAAAACACCAUCUCACCUCACACAUCUACAGCAGUCAAUGGUUUGUCAGACUAAGCUAACACAAUUAUCUCUUACCUUCCACCACAGUGCCCCCUUGCUUGCCUCCAUCAGUGAUGACUGCUCCGUUGCUGUGAUGAACUCUGAGCUUAAGGAAACGUAAGUGUCUAUGUAUGGGCUGUUUACAAUCUCUCCCUAGUUAAUCCUUUUGGCUUAUCAACUCAGCUUUGAAAUAAAACAGUCAAAAUAAUGUAUUUGUACCCAGUCACUUAAUCAUGUGUGUCUGCUGCUCCUCUCCAGGUUGAGAGACAGGAGGCACCAGGACUUUGUUCGGGGUGUCUGCUGGGCCCCUGGCGGUUCUGACACACUGACCACCGUGGGCUGGGACCACCAGGUCCUCCACCACGUCAUGGGACAGGAUGGACCCGCCACUGGAGACUCCAUGUCACCACCAUAGACCCACCACCCAGCCUGGGUCAGGAAAUGGGGAGGGGGGUUGUAAAAGUAUGGGGUUUUGUGGGGGAGAAUUUGAGGGGUUGGCAUGAGGGUAGAAGUUGUCAACACCGGAGCAGAGCAGUAUUAGGAUGGUUUUCCCAAUCCUAGUCUAAGUACCCCUGGCCAUGCUGGUUUUCUUUCCAACUGAUUAAGGCCUCCCGAGUGGCGCAGUGGUCUAAGGCAGCUGUGCCACUAGAGAUCCUGGUUCGUAUCCAGGCUCUGUCGUAGCCGGCCGCGACCGGGAGACCCAGGGGGCAGCGCACAAUUGGCCCAGCGUCGUCCAGGGUAGGGGAGGGAAUGGCCGGCAGGGAUGUUGGUAGAGCAUGGCGUUUGCAACGCCAGGGUUGUGGGUUCGAUUCCCACGGGGGACCAGUAUAAAAAAUAUAUAAUGUAUGCACUCACUAACUGUAAGUCGCUCUGGAUAAGAGCGUCUGCUAAAUGACAAAAAGGUUUAAAAAAAAAAGUUAUUAAAUAAAUUAUGUGUGACGGUAGUCAGCGAUGCACAAAUUAAAUCGGGAUCUUUUCCGCAACAACGGAGUAUGAAUUGCGAGCCUAAACAUUUCUGCUGUUUUUGUCCAGCAGCGAUCACGUUGCAGCAGCUUGAAGCGCACAUGUGCUUUUGGAGUGCAAUGUCUUGCGUUGCAUAUUUGCGGUUCAUGGCAACGUCAUAUGCUGAGUCUCAGUUUUAAGGUGAAUGUUAACCACUUGUUGGACAUCACCUUUGUUUUGCAGUUGUUUGUGGGGAAAUUAACUGAGAUGGAUUGGUGUCCAGUUAACACGUGGGGUACUUUAAGACUUGGGUUUGGGAAUGCUGCCAAAGGCAAUGGGAAUCUAAUCUAAUGAACCCAUUUGAUCACGCGUAUAGUCCAGUGAGUCCAACCCCAUGUAACCUUUGUUUACCCACUCGGGGGUGCUGUAUUACGUGGCAUGUAAGCCAGUCUGUGAGAAGUGAGCCACUAGCUCAUUGGAUAGCAAGAUUGUGUGGGUGAAUUAGACUUAAUAGUCAAUUAACCUGUGCCUCAUACAAGCAUUCUGAAAUAACACUGGACUAGAAUGACCUGGUUCAAGUUGUGACCAUAAUCAAUACCAUGGGCAAUUUGUUUUCCAAAUUAAUGAAGAAUUUCUGUACAUUUGAGAAGUCCUUAACUUCACUGGCUUGUUUGUAUCAAUGUGAUUCCAUUCCAUAUUAUCCCUCCCCUCCCUUGGCACUUUCUUUUGUUUAGAUGGUCUCCUCUCUCUCGCUCAUGUGAAACAGAAAGCACACUUAAUGGUUUUCGUCCACACAGGGCUGCUCCUUGGAUUGUAUGUACAGUACAUGUCUGGUGUUGCUUUUUGGAAGUCUGAGCAGUGCAACCUAAAACUGACAUAAUCAACUUGUUUUUCCAUCCUUCAAUAAAGUUUGUCU